UCUAUAAUAAGUGACAUCAUAACGAGGAAUGCCUCGAAAUAUGAAAGUGGAUGACCCAAAAGUAAUAUUCAGCUCUAUCACCUAUUAACAGAGUCCAUAAUCGAUAGCGUGAUAUAUGUUAACGUGUAUGUUACAUAGCAUAAAUUACCAGUUUCGAUGUGAAUACGGUGUAUGGUACACGUUUUAUGUGCUUUGGAUUUUCUAAUCAAACGAGUUUUAAAAAAAAGAAAACAUAACAUUGCACUGGCGCCGAUAAUGAAAAAAGCUGGCCAAUCCACAGCCAAAAGUGGAUCUGGCCACAUUGGCAAAAGCGGGUCAAAACUAAAACCUGGCGGUUCAAUGGGGAGCGGUACAAAAAUAGGAUCGAGCAGUGGAAAUAUUGGCACCAGCAGUACAAAAAUCGGCGGAAAACUUGGUUCCAGUCCAAAAACUUCUACUUUCCAGCCUACCUCACAAAAGAGCUAUGCGCCCCCAUCAUUCACUCCAUCGAAGGCUGGAAAAUCAUCCACGAGUUUUGGAAUUAUAUGGCUACCAAUGAAAAAAAGGAAUAAAUACAAAGAUGCAAGUUUUAACUCAAACAAAAACGAGCGAUCACCAGAAAAAAGGCCAACCAUGUACGGGUUUAUGCCUGGCGAGUCGAAUCAUGCACCAUACUUGGACCAUAAGAAGGAAGAAACAAGCUUAAUAGUACCAGAGAGUAAAGCUAGUACUUCAGUGGCCGUCAUAGGAGCAGGGGCUGCCACUGCUACAGAAUUGUCUUCGGACAAAACGAGAACUGAAGAAAAGCAAGAUUUAAUUAAACAUGAGGAAGAAUCAAAGGAUGCUGCAGGUGAUCAUGACAAAACUGAUGACUACUUAGACAAUGAUAAGGUCAUAGUCAACGCUCCGAAACAUACAAACGAAAAACCUGGAGACAAUGUGGACAGCGUAUUCUUAAGACCACCGCCACCACAUAAACGGCGUCCAUCACCACCCGCUAAUGAAGAAGAGGAGGACUGUGGUAUUAAAUGCCUUUAUUACACGCUGCAAUGCUGUGAUUGUGUCCUCAUGUAAAGUGCCAUUUUAUUGUGCUUUCAGAGAAGUUUAUUCAUAGCCAGAUGACGGGCCUACGUCAUUUGGUCGGGUUAUGUCA